AUGGCCCUGGCCCGCGGGGAGGGCUUCUUCUUCCCCGAGAACGCCGCUGAUAGCUCCGGCACGAGCCGCGGCUGGUGGACCCGGAGCAGCUGGGCGUUCCUGAACGAGCCGCCGCCGCUGACAAGGGAGGAGGUGCUGUUGGGCAGGGCGCAGAGGAGCUUCCACGCCGACCGGAUCGUCAUCACCGGCAACGCCUAG